CAGGGUCUGUGUGACUCCAUUACAGGAUCUUGUUCACCAGCAGCAGCAGCAGCAGAUGAUUCUCGACCAACAUGGCGAAAUGGAAACUGUGCUUUUUACUGCUUCUGCUGCUAACUGUGUGUUUUGGCAUCAAAGACAGUGAAGUGAGUCUUGUGAAAACCAUUGGAAGUGAACCAGACAUCACUGAACUAUGCACCAAUUCAACACUUAGUAUCAUCACAAUCAUAGUGUGUAAGAUCAGAACAGAGAGAAACAGGCCAGCAGUGUGUCGUCUGCUGUAUCAGUAUGGAAAAGACUUUGAGCAUCAAUGUGACUCCAGAUUCAAACUUAUCCUGGAGAAUCAGACUGUGUUUCUCCAGCUGACUGGUUUAACACCAGUGGACAGUGGAAACCACAGCUGUGAGUGUUCAACACCUGAAGGAACAAUUAUUCUGCAUCUGAAUGUCACUGUGGAAGGUGUUUCAGAGGAUGCAGUCGUCAAUUCGACACGAAUGCCAAUUCCAAGCGUUUACGUUGCCGUAACUGUCUUCAUGAUCACAACUGCAGUCAUUCUUGGACUCGUCUACAGACGGAUACUUCACCGCAGAAGAAUACCAGAAACACUGAGCGGUCGUCCAAACUCGGAGCCACAGGACAUCGAACCAUACAGCACGUUCAUCCGGAGAGAGAGCGGGCUCUACUCCACUGUCAGAGUCAACACCAGCAAUUCAGACAUGCUGACCAGAGACGCCACACAUGCAGGGAAAGUGUUGUAGAGCUCCAGUUACAGAUUCUGCUCCCAUCUGAUGCAUGUUUUGGUUUUGUGGCCUGUCGUCCACCAGGUGGUAGUGUUUUGCUUUGUGACGUCUUCUGUAAUUCCACCUGUAGGAGACGGUUGUUGACUCCAGAGCACUGCUGAGGUGUGCAGCUUAAAUGUAUAAAGUUGAGCUCAGAAAGAGUAAAACAUUAUUAUUCUUACAUUGUGCUGUAAUGAUGAUCAGAAUCAAAUAAUCCCAUGACAAAUAAACAGUUAAAGAAAAGUUAUGUGGUUG